CGUUCUUUCUCUCACCAAAUCACUCUCCCUGCGGAUCAAACCCAAUCAAUCGGGUCAAAUUUGAGGGGUCGAGAUAGUUUGAUCGAUGGCUUGGGUUCCAGUUUGUGUAAUCGAGCAUUUUGGAGUGAUCAGCCUGCAUCAGCCCCUGUUUACAUCAAUGUUGAGGAAACUCUGAACACUCUCAAAUAUGCUAAUCGUGCUCGAAACAUUCAGAAUAAGCCUGUUGUUAACAGAGAUGUUAUGUCGAAUGAGAUGCAAAAUAUGCGGCAGCAGCUAGAGUACUUGCAGGCUGAACUUAAUAAGGAGCUUUCUCGAGAACUACAUGAAUACCACAGCAGACGUGCUGUUGUAGAGCCGAGAGAAACAGAUGCUGAAGAUGGCUCCUGUUUUGUUAAAAGGGAUGGGCUAAAGAGGGGCUUACAGAGCAUGGAUGCAUCUGGUUAUCCCAUGGGUGAAGCCAUGACAGGUGAAAAUUACAUGGAAAUUGAUGAAGCUGUAGCAAAAGAGUGGGAGCAUGCACUCCUGCGAACAACGAUGGGCAAAGAGUUUAAUGAGUUAAACAAGCGUUUGGAGCAGAAAGAGUCAGAAAUGAAACAUUUUGGAGGGUCUAACACUGAAGCACUUAGUCAGCACUUUGAGAAGAGAAUCUUGAAACUCGAGGAAGAGAAGAAAACAGUCCAGCAAGAGAGGGACCGUUUGCUAGCUAAAAUUGAAAACCUUGCUGCUGCUUCUAAUGGACAAAGGCAGAAAAUGCACAAAGCUUAUGCACAGAAAUUAAAAUCACUUGAGACACAGAUUUUAGAUCUUAAGAAGAAACAAGAUUGUCAACUUCAGCUUUUAAAGCAAAAACAAAGAAGUGAUGAAGCAGCAAAGCAGCUUCAAGAUGAGAUAAAGACCAUCAAGGUCCAGAAGGUUCAAUUGCAGCAUAAGAUAAAACACGAGGCAGAGCAAUUUCGACAAUGGAAGGCCUCUCAUGAGAAGGAAUUGCUUCAGGUACUUGACGUUUCCCACUUAUCCAUGUAACCUGGGAUUCUUCAUUUUU